GGAGAUAAAGGACUCUGGCAGCGUGGUCCUGACCGCCUACCAUCCCCACAGCCCCGCUAGGAUGCCAGGCAUGGAGCAGAGCUUUGGGCAAGAGAUCCCCUCCAGCCACUCGCCCUCUAGCAGGAAAUGGAUAAAAGGUUUAAGUUCUGACACAAACAGGAAAACACACUAAGAGGAUUUAUCCUGAAGGCAUCUACUCUUUAAAUAGUGAUGGAGCAGUGUGAGUCUGUUUCCCACAAGGGCCAGAAGCGCCACUGCUCUUUGUUCCUCCAGCCCUUGCAUGACUAGAGGCAGAAUAUCCUAUCACAGGCUGUCAGAUAGCUCCCAGAAUACGCAAGUUCGUGAUCGCAGGCUGAGGAAGGACUUACAGCCACUAGGAGCAUGAAGAAGUGGGGUUUCAGAAGUACUCUGCCCUGCUUCUUUAAGGAUAACACCAAGGCUUGAUUCUGCUCCGAGAAAAUCUCUCUCUCGCUGCCGAAGGAUUAACAGGAUGCUUUCCAAUGAGCCUACACCUCCUCCUGCGUUCAGUCGUUCCAACUCACAGGUGUCCAUGGACAGCACCUCCAUGGAGGACUUCUGGUGCGAAGUGGAGAGCAUUAAGGAGAGCAGUGAAGACGGGCCUGAAGAACCAACACUCUUGGAGUUCAAACCUGCGGAUGAAGGGGAGCUGGAGGCUGAAUGGCUGCAAGACGCGGGUUUGUCGACACUGAUCUCGGGAGCCGAAGAGGAGGAUGGCCAAGCCCUGCUGUCCACCCUGACACGAACGCAAGCUGCCGCAGUACAGAAGAGGUACAACACCUACACUCAGACACUGAGGAAGAAGAACAAGCACACCGUCCGGGAUGUGCGAGACAUCUUUGGCAUCAAUGACUCUUCUCCCACAUUUGAGACAGUUCCAGUGUCACCAGUUCCUUCUAAUGGUAUCCAGCUUCCUGGGCAGAAGCCAGUUUGGAAAUCAGUUAGCUCUAAUAGCUGUCUAGACUGUGGACUAGAUAAAGGCAGCCCAUCGGUAACAGAAGAGCUCUCCUAUGAGGUUUCUUUCUCAGAAUCCAUCACAGUCGUUCCAAAAACCAGAGAAUGGCAGAAAAACCAGAGAUUCAAAAAGGACACCUCUGCUUUGCCUAAAUUCAUUGUCCAGAAGAGCCGAUUUGGAUUGACAGAGGUUGGAGACCUUUCUCCUGAGGACAUGAAAAAGAUCCGCUACCUCUCCCUGAUUGAGUUAACUGCCUUCUAUGAUGCAUUGGGGGUGGAACUGAAGAGGAACAGAACGGAAAGGAUCAAAGGACGAGAAAAUGGUCUUUUUGGAGUCCCUCUCACAGUACUGCUGGAAAAUGAUCAAAAGAAGGUUCCAGGCAUAAAAGUUCCCCUCAUCUUCCAAAAAUUGUUACUCAAACUUGAGGAAACAGGUUUAGAAACUGAAGGAAUUCUUCGAGUGCCUGGAUCUGCCUCAAGAGUUAAGAAUCUCCAUCAAGAACUUGAGGCAAAAUUUUACGAAGACACUUUUGACUGGGACCAAGUACGAAAUAAUGAUGCAGCAGGAUUGCUGAAAAUGUUUAUAAGAGAACUCCCAAGCCCGCUCUUCACAGUAGAAUAUCUACCUGCUUUCAUCACAUUAGUGGAAAAAAUCUCCAAGAUCAAGUUGCAACUACAAGCCUUGCAUCUGCUGAUCAUGCUGCUGCCUGAAGCCAAUAGAGAUGCAGCAAAGGCCUUUCUUCAGUUCCUGAAGAAGGUGGUUGCCAAUGAAGGGAAAAAUAAAAUGAAUCUGUGGAAUGUUUCUAUGAUUGUUGCACCAAACCUCUUCAUCUACAAAGGCAAACGUGCAAACCAACAAGAAAUGCAAGCAGCUGCCACCACAGCACACAUUGUGCGGCUUUUAAUUAGGUAUCAGGACAUCUUGUGGACAGUGCCAUCCUUCCUGAUUUCCCAGGUGAGAAAAAUGAAUGAGGCAGCAAUGAACAACAGCAAGAGGCAGCUGAUGUUUGACAAAGGUGUGAGAAAACUUCUGAGGAGAAAGACCAUGGAGAGGGAGAGACCUGAAAGACCAGAGGGAGCGGUCACUUUUCCCCCAUACCUGCAGUCUGACAUACCCGAGGGAGUGAUAAGAGUUUAUGCUCCACUGCAUUCAAAAGUCUCUAUGGCUAUUCAACUCAACAGCCAAACAAAAGCCAAAGACAUCCUGGCUCGAUUCCACUGUGAAAACAGUCGUGGAUCAUCACAGAACAUGGGAGGCCAGAUCCAAAGUUUACAUGAAAUUGGAGGAAAUAUAGGUCAGCACUGCCUGGACCCGGAUGCCUACAUGUUAGAUGUUUACCGUGCAAAUCCUCAGGCAGAAUGGGUGAUAAAGCCAAAAGCAAGCUGAAGCGCGAGGCGCCGGCGCGCUGGACAAAGGCCAAAGGGACAACCGCGAUGCCUGCCGUUUUAUGAAGCUCAUACCAUAGAUUCAAGCAAAAUGGUAGCUCCGGGACAGAACUCCUUCCUACUGUACUGUACAGCCGAUGUUCACCACGUACUGAUUUUGGUAUGAGAACUAUCACUCCAGUUUCUGGCAUUUUGCAAAACAUCACAUCGGUUCUGCUUCGGAUUAUACUUGUGCCAGCGGGCCCAGGAGUUAAGGAGGAAGGACCAAGGUACCGAGGCACAGAAAACAACCUGUCGCAUACAGAGUUGUUCAUUUCCUGAGCUGGUGUUAGCACAUGUAUUUUUGAAAAGGGAAGACUCCAGGGGCAUCCUAGGAUGCAUGAAACACUACCGAUCAUGAAAGCAUCACAGAGACCUUCAAGAUGAGACUGUAUCUCUAAGACAUGCAACGCAGGAGCUCUACCUACAGCAGUGCCAAAAUGUAGCUGUGAGAGAAAAGCAAACCUUUCUGCUAAAACCUGUGCUGUGCGCAUUACUGCAAUAUUUAUGUCUCUCCACAUUGGUACCUGACACUGGCAGGGAGACAGGUGGGGGGAAGAACAGCUAUACCACUUUAUGCAUGUAGCACUGUUCAGUCUAUCAGUCUUCUGAAACCAUCUGUCUCUGGAUCACAUUACUGUGCAUAGUUGUAGUACCGCAAACCAGUUUUUUUUUUUUUCCCCUCCUUUCUUCCCCUACCACACAUGCACCAAGUGAUAGCUUCAGAAGACAAAUGCUAGGCGAGAGAAGGCAUAUUCCCUCAGCUCCAUCUUUUACUUAGAUACUAAGUAAAAGGUCUUCUACAUCUUUUACAUAGAUCUACAUCUGUGGAAUUCCAUAAUAUGACAAAUGUGUUAAUGGUGUCACUUACAGACAUCACCUUUUUUGUUAAACUUUAUCAUUUCUUAAUUUGUAACCUAAUUCUUUUUCUUUUGUUUAUUUUAGCUUAAAUAUAUAAGCAACUUUUAUACUAUUCAGCAGCACCGAGAAGAAAGAUCUUUGUCUGGAUCUUGUAUAAUACAGCAUGGAGAAGAAUAAGAGCUUCCAGUGAAGCAGAGGGAUUUAAUACUAUUUAACAUUUACAAAUUAGGGCCUAAAGACCACAGCUAAGCUAGGCUCAGUUGUGCUAGGAAUUUCACAAAUAAAUAACAAAUCGCAGCUCCUUUCACAGGCCAUUUACAGUCUAUGAAAAAAACACAGGCCAACAAGAGAAACAGUGAACUGUAACUGUGUUAGGAACAACACCAAUAUAAUAGAGUAUGUCCAGUUUGCAGUCUGUCACAAGGGUGAGCACCAUUCUUCAACAAAUUGGGUGGUUUGGGACUACACUUAAUAUAACUAAGCAUGUUUGUUAUGUAUGGAAAUCAUGUCUCUGGAAAACCAGAAUUAUUUUUUCAGCUUUGCCUUCAAAAACUGGGAACUAACGCCAUUGAAUAUAAUGUGACGUCCCUGCUGCUGGAUGACUAUCCUGCACAACGAAUUCACCCACAGUCUGAUCAGUGGGUUGAGUUUGUACCCUGGACGCACACAUAGGGCAGAGGCUCCAGCUACAGCCACCUGAUAGGAAUGGAAGAGGGUUAUGAACCAAGCCCCUGAAGUGACCAUGGAGCAUGUUGUCCUACAGAGAAAGCCUCUAACUUGUGAUGAUCUGCUGCCACAGUGUGCUAAUGAUUUUCACAUUUUAGAACCCCUACUUUUGGUUCAAAGUUAAUCAUGUUCUCCAGUAUUUAACUUUCCCUGUUAGCGUUCAGUGAGAGAAAUCAACCUCUAAUCAGUAUUUUUACCAGCAACAAUAAUGUCUACAGAGGACAGAUUUUGUCUUUCUUCUUUUCUUUCGCCCUUUCUUUCUUGAGACAAACUAUGAUUAAAAUUUAGCAACAUUAUUCUCUUUUCCUUAAAACUCUAUGUAAUUUUUAACUUUCAAAUUUUUUUUUCUUAACACUAAUGGAUGCAUAGAUGCAGCCAGGCUAAGACCAGGACAGUUGUCCUAUAAAAUACACUGCUUGUUUUGACAACUAUUUAUUUUAAGUAUAUGAGAGAUUGUAGAUCUGUCAUUUGUUCAUAGGACUAAGCAUUAACAUUCUGUCCCCUGCCUUGUUCUUGAUUCCCUUUAGUUCCUUCUGUGGCCAUGGACAGCUCUUUCUUCUAGGCUUUCUGUGCUGCCCUCUUUUUUAAACAGGACCAGUACUUUCCUUAUAAAGGUAACAUGAGAAUUAGCUGAAGUUAAAUUCAGCUCUCAGACACAUCUGAGCAAGUCCCUGAGUGGAACAGGAGUUGUAAACAUCCGUCUAGGAGGGACAAACUCAGCAAAGGGAUUUUAUGCAGAAAGUUCUUUGAAUACAAAGAGCACAAUAUAAAUGCUAAGCAUCAUUGUAUUUAUUACCAACGAAAGAGCUUUUAUGAUUAUACAGCAAGCCUGAACAUUGACUAAAGGAUUUGAAAUGUCAUAGCAAACAAGGUAACUUUUUCUUCAGUACUUUCACACAGACACAUUGACCUUCUCUGUCUUGCGCACUCCAGCCUGUGUUUUUAAUAGCCAUACAAGGGAAAAGAUUGUACUGAGCACCUACAGGUUCAGACUGAAGCCUACUCGGUAUGUUCUGGACUCUGAAAUGAGGACUUCACCAAAAAUGUUUCUUAAAUAAAUCUCAUUACACUUUGCAAAGAAUACAAGGGGUUUUUGGAACACCUUCACCUCUUUCCACUUUGCAAAUGAAGAAAGCCAAAUCUGAUGUAAUGAAAUCCAUCCUAUGAACACUUGUUUUAUAUUAAGAUUGCCUAUAACUUUAUAAGACAUGCAUAUCAGCAGAUGAACUAGAUUCUACAUACAGUGCCCAGACUACUACAAUACAGCCAAACACCUGCUGUCUCUGCAGAGUGGCAAAAUUCUUUUUUGAUGCAAAUGAGAGCAAGACCUAAUGACCCAUGUGUAUUGCAGUAAGUACCAUUACACAUUAAGUUGUUUUGUGUUGUUGUGGUACACUAACUUGAAUUAAUACACAGCAGACAAACUGAAAAAUCACUCCGACAUUUAUAAAUUUGAUGUCUCAACUUUAAGCCUUAUAUUUUAAGAUGCAGGUGGAGGCACCUGCAAUUUUGCUCCUCCUAACAGCACUUGCAGUCAAACCAAAGUUAUAAUAGUAUUGUCAUCAAAUCAACAUAUGUGGAAAGCUAUUAAUAAGAAAGUGGUAGCAUGCAGGGAGAAACAUUUUCAGCAAACUCCAAAGACGCCUCAAAGCAUUUACAUACUCCAUGGUUCUACAAAGAUAGCAUUUUGCAUAUCAACCAUAUUUAUAGAGAGUAUUGCCAAAAGGUAGGUAUUGGAAACAGACUGGAAUGCUCUAACCUGUUUAUACAGGUAUUUUUAUAACGUGCGGUGUGUGCAAAUGUCUCUGUGUCUACGUAUACUGUAAACUACCUCACUCUGCAUUUUCCAGGAAAAAACGUUUUGGCUUAGAGGUUUCUUACUCCAAAGCUUUGUGUUAUUAAUUUCACCUGUGUCUACCAGUCUUUUACAUUGAUAAGCAGCUUCUCCUCACAAGGGGCAAGAGUUGGAAAUUAGCUAAAAGAAAAUAUAUUAAAAUACGUAUUUCAAGAUACGAAUGAAAUUUUGUCCAAACCAUAUUGCCUCAGCUACUGCUUGUAAUGUGAACCUUGCAAGACAAAAUGUUGGGGUUAAGAGCUAAAAAAACACAAACAUAUUAUGUUUCAGUUUUUAUUUUUCAAUGGCUUUCCAUUAAUGUGUGCCUUCUCUGGAAAAUAAUACAAUGCCACUAACCAAAGCAAAAUGUUUGUAUGUAUUACACUCCUCAUUAUAAUGUUAAAUGUCUUGUUGAAGUAAACCCUACACCUAUUAGUGUAUUUGUACAGUAGAAUGUGUUCACUGUAUUGUAUCCAUGUCAAAAAUAAAAACAAUACAAACAAAAUAA